AUGAAUAGCUACCUCUCGUUCAUGCCACCGCGUGUAAUUUCAGUGCCCCGCCGAGGGCAUUCUCGUCAUUUCGCUUUCCGGGGGUGUAAAAGGGGGCACGCCUGUGGUGAAACCCUAGCCGCGUCGCUCCCGCACUCGCGUGUCGCCGCCAGCCUCUUCCCUCCGUCGCGACUCGCCCCGGCCAACCCUAGCCGCCGCUCCCCGCUGGCCAUCCUCCCCGUCCAUGGCUGCCACGCGCGUCCCCGCACCAACCCACCACCUCGCCGCAGGGGCGCGUCCGCCAGGGCUGCCCUUCCAUGCCGUCUCCGUCCGUCCCCGCCGCUCAACGGCCACGUCGGCCUCGGCGUCAAGUGCGCCAAGGAGGCGGCCACGGCCAUCCGCGGCGCCAUCAUCCUCGCCAAGCUCUCCAUCGUGCCCGUCAGGAGGGGCUACUGGGGGAACAAGAACGGCCAGCCCCAUACCGUCCCAUCGCCAGUACGCAUGGAAUCGGCAGCAAAGUGGAGGAAUUUCAGGCGGAGGAAGGAUUUGGCCGGCAGCUCAGGUGCCCGCCCCCUGGGAGUCUGAAAUCGUGUCCGCCCGCGUCCCCUAGAAGGUGCUGCAGUUCGCCGGCAUCG